UGAAGCGGAGAGAGAGCAGCAGAGCGGCGGCGGCGACGACGGCCAUCUUAGAGCUACCGUGGUAACCGACACUCAUCUUCUGGAUUUUAUUUUUCUUGUUGAGAAAAACACUCCGCCUGACUGACGGGGGAAGAAGGAGAAGAAGACCGUAUUUUUUUUAAGUCGCUGCGGUUUGACUCGAAUUCGGGAUGCGGUUCCGAGGGAAUACGCGAUUUGCAUCCGCUGUCGGACUGGUCCUCGGACUAUUAUGUGCGGUGGAGGCAGCUAAAGUGAAUAAGCACAAACCAUGGAUUGAGACGACUUACCAUGGGAUCGUAACUGAAAACGAUGACAAAGUGCUACUGGACCCUCCUCUGAUUGCACUGGAUAAGGAUGCUCCUCUACGAUAUGCAGAGAGUUUUGAGGUGACCCUCACUGAAGAAGGUGAGAUUUGCGGCUUCAGGAUCCACGGACAGAAUGUCCCCUUUGAGGCAGUGGUCCUGGACAAGUCCACUGGUGAGGGCGUCAUCCGGGCCAAGGACAAGCUGGACUGUGAGCUGCAGAAAGAGCACACCUUCACCAUCCAAGCCUAUGAUUGUGGAGAGGGUCCUGAUGGUGCCAACAUGAAGAAAUCACACAAGGCCACUGUUCACAUCCAAGUGAACGACAUCAAUGAGUAUUCUCCCGUGUUCAAGGAGAAGUCCUACAAAGCCACAGUCAUCGAGGGAAAGAAGUACGAUAGUAUCCUGAAGGUGGAGGCAGUGGACGCUGACUGCUCAUUCCAGUUCAGUCAAAUCUGCAACUACGAGAUCGUCACCCCCGAUGUGCCAUUCACCAUCGACAAAGAUGGCUUUGUUAAGAACACAGAGAAACUGAACUAUGGUAAAGAGCACAUGUAUAAGCUGACUGUAACCGCCUACGACUGUGGAAAGAACCGCGCCUCGGAGGAUGUGCUGGUCAAGAUCAGCGUCAAACCCACCUGCAAACCCAGCUGGCAAGGUUUCAAUAAGAGGAUUGAAUAUGAGCCUGGCACCGGAAGCUUGGCCCUUUUCCCCAGCAUGCACUUGGAGACUUGUGAUGAGCCAAUCACGUCCAUCAGAGCUAAUAUCGAACUGGAAACCAACCAUAUUGGGAAGGGCUGUGACCGUGACACUUACUCUGAGAAAUCACUGCACAAACUGUGUGGAGCCAGCUCUGGCACUGUGGAGCUCCUGCCUGCACCGAGCAGCUCUGUCAACUGGACAGUGGGGCUGCCCACGGACAACGGACACGACAGUGACCAGGUGUUUGAGUUCAACGGCACGCAGGCGGUCAAGGUCCCUGAUGGCAUGGUGAGCACCAGCCUGAAGGAGCCCUUCACCAUCUCUGUGUGGAUGAGACACGGUCCUGGAGCCCAUGAGAAGGAGACCAUCCUCUGCAACUCUGACAAGACAGAGAUGAACAGACACCACUACUCCCUCUACGUCCACAACUGCAGACUGAUCCUGCUUCUCCGCCAGGAUCCAUCAGAAGCCGAGAACUACAAACCAGCCGAGUUUCACUGGAAGCUUGACCAGGUGUGUGACAAAGAGUGGCAUCACUAUGUGCUGAAUGUGGAGUUCCCCACUGUGUCUUUGUUUGUGGAUGGAACCACGUUCGAGCCCUUCCUGGUUACAGAGGACUACCCACUGCAUGCCUCUAAGAUUGCAACCCAGCUUACGAUUGGUGCCUGCUGGCAAGACAACUCAGGACAUGACAAUGACACUGAGACAGUCUCUGAGUCCACCUCAGGCGGUAACGGUCGAAUGGCUCAGUUUUUCCGGGGGAACCUAGCAGGACUGAUGAUCCGCUCUGGCAAAGUAGAGAACAAGAAGGUGAUCGACUGUUUGUACACCUGCAAGGAGGGUCUGGAUGUGCAGCUGCCUGAGGAAGUAGCUUCAACUGUCAAGGUGGAGUUCAACCCUAACCAGUCUUCUCUGACCAUUGAGGGUGACGACAUUGAUGCCUUUGACAAGGUCAUGCAGCACAUCUCCUAUUUGAACUCUCGCCAGUUCCCAACCCCUGGCAUCCGACACCUUCGCAUCUCCACCACUGUCAAAUGCUUCAACGAGGAUUCCUGUGUAACGGUGCCAGAUGCUGAGGGUUACGUGAUGGUGCUGCAGCCUGAAGAGCCCAAAAUCAGCCUGAGCGGCAUUGACCACUUUGCCCGCAGUGCUGCGGAAUUUGAGAGCCAGGAAGGCGUGAUGCUCUUCCCCGAGCUGCGCAUCGUGAGCACCAUCACCCGCGAAGUGGAAGCAGAUGCUGAGUCUGAAGCCACAGAGGGCGCUGAUGAUGACCCCACUGUCCAAGAGACAGUGGUGUCAGAGGAGAUCAUGCACAACCUGGACACUUGUGAAGUGACUGUGGUGGGAGACGAGCUGGACGGGGAGCAUGAGAGCCUGGACGUGGACAUGUCCCAGCUGCAGCAGCGCAGCCUGGAGAUGAGCUCUUCUAACGUGGGCCUUGUCAUCACAGGUGUGAACACCAUGUCCAACUAUGAGCAGGUCCUGCACCUCAUCCGUUACAAGAACUGGCACACUGAGGCUCUGUUUGACAGGAAAUUCAAACUGGUCUGCUCUGAGCUCAACGGUCGCUACAUCAGCAACGACUUCAAGGUUGAGGUGAAUGUAAUCCACACGGCCAAUCCCGUGGAGCAUGCUAACAAUGCCAUGGUGCAGCCCAAUUUCAUUAACCCCAUCCAUCACGCUUCUGUGGAUCUGACCGGUCACAACCUGGUCAACGCUCACCAGGCCUCAGUGGUUCCCAGCGCCGCCACCAUUGUCAUUGUGGUGUGUGUGAGCUUCCUGGUGUUUAUGAUCAUCCUGGGCGUGUUCCGCAUUCGAGCUGCACACCAGCGAACCAUGAGGGACCAGGAGAACGGCAAAGAGAACGAGAUGGACUGGGACGACUCGGCUCUCACCAUCACUGUCAACCCCAUGGAGACGUACGAGGACCAGCACAGCAGUGAGGAGGAGGAGGAAGAGGAGGAGGAGAGCGAGGAUGGAGAGGAGGAAGAUGACAUCACGAGCGCUGAGUCAGAGAGCAGUGAAGAGGAGGAGGGCGGGGAGCCGGAGGACCAGCAGGGAGCCAGCAGACAGCAGCAGCUGGAGUGGGACGACUCCACCCUCACCUACUAAAACCACACACACACACACACAUACACGACACACAUGCACACACACACACACACACACACACACACAUGUACAAGCUAUCUCUGACAUACACACAUCACCAACUCACACUUACUCAGAACCUCAUCCUCAGUUCUUCACUCCCCUCUCCUGAUAGUUUCAUGUCUUAAAAAGAAAGAAAUCCCCUCAUCAUCAUCAUAAUGGUUUUCCUGUCGUUAUCUUAGUGGUGGUACUCAAGUGUAGUGUAGUCAUCACCGGAUUGCUGAUUUUUACUGUUUUUUUUUUCUUUUUUUAUUUAUUAUAUUUGAAUUCCCAGGAAAACUUGGCCUACAUUAGUUUUGAGCUGUGUGAGGAAGCCAACCCUGCACUUUCUGUACUGUCUUUUAUUUCUCUCAGACAUAAGACAUUCAAAUUUGAGAAAAAUGUUUUCCCCCUGAUGUAUAUUCUCGCUUAAUGCUUUUUAGAUUUGUUUGCCGCUAUAAACUCUCGCGUUUUCUUGCCUCAGUAGUCCACAGUGAAACAAAAUGACGCUUUUAACAAGUAGACUGCAUUUUUCCUUUUUUCUUUUUCCUGUUUUCUUUUAGUGCAUGAGGAUAUUUGAAAAGUCAUAUGUGUAGAGAAAUAAAUUGCUUUUUAAAAGAUUUUGUAAAUAUAAAGAAACCAUGUAAUUAGUCGAUGUGUUAGUGAAGGCCUGCUCAACAGGGUCCAAUAUCUAAAGUGACGCAGUAUGUAAUGUAGAAUAUUUGUGUCACAGAGGCUGUAGCAUGUUGCUAAAUUUACGCAAAGGCUGUUCCAUCACGCUUGUACAAAAAUGUCCGACGAGUAACCCAGGACUUCUGUGACAAAGUCGUAUCUAUUUUUUGUUUUUCGUUCCUUUCUUUUUUUUGCAAGGAGGAAAAAUAAUUUCUCUUACUGAGUGGUGGAUGGUUUCAGCUUCAUAUAUGCUUUGCUUUGCUUGCACAGGUGGCAACGCUCCACUCCAGGUGUCACAUGUAUUUCAUUCCUGAUAGAUCUCACUGUUGUACAGAAGGGAUUUUUUAUUUUUAAUUUUCCACUCGGGAUUAAACGCUAAUGUAUAAGUUGACAUUUCGUGUAGAAUGGUACAAACACCAGUCCAGCAGAUGUCGUACUGUUGAUCUUGAAAUAUGGGUACGGACAUUUCUUCCAGCGUAACUGGACAAGUAGAGAAAUAUCUUCAGCAGCUUUAAAACUGUUUUUGCCGGCAUUUCAGUCGUGCCGUGCUGACAGAACCAGGGAGAGAACAAAAAACCCUUCAAAGUACGGAAGGAACAGAUUUAUAACAGUCAGAGCUUUGGUGGCGUUUGGUUGAAUCGUGUCGUUUUUGGUGUUUAUUUUUGGGAAGAGAAGUGAAGUUGAAGUGCUUCUCAGGAUUGCUCGGUUGCAACUUUAUCUUCCACGGCUCAGCUAUUUAAUCUCAAAUAAUAACACGUACAGUUGACGCAUUUUAAGCCGGUUUCUCACUGCAAAAUGAGCAGUGACUCACUCGUAGUCGAAUGAAUUACAGCUGAGGACAUGGCUGCUUAGUUAACAAUGGGAAACAGUUAAAAAUGAAUUGUCCUCUUGUUUGAAUCUUGAAAAUGAAAUUAUUUUUUUUGCAGUAGACCACUAGAUUUUAUUGUACAUGGAACUGUACUGUAGAGUUAUUAUAAGAUAUUUGUUUACAUUUGGUAAACUUAUUUUCAUUCUGGUAUUAGUAUAAAUGAGCUUAUACAAUUGAUUGGGAAAACUGUGUCCAUCCUCUAUCUCCUCUCAGACACUGUUGUAAUAUUGAGUGUUAGUCUCAUGUUUUUUGUGUAAUGAGUAAAAUGUAAACAUUUCCUAAACCUGCAUUAAUUAAAUCAGAUUUGGGGUAUUGAAGUGAGCAGAAUGUGUGGCGGCGGCGGCAUCAUCAUGAUGCCCAUAUUUUGCAUGCAAAUUUAUUUUCUGAGCUCUCAUUGACAGCGGUUUACAGGCUACUUAUCAGGAUUUGAGUCACAGUUAAGUUGUAUUAAAUUAUUAUUUUUUUUAGAUGUCGGAAAUUAAGUGACAGUCUCCCCUCUGUGAUGACUCGGACUUAGCAAAAGGAGAAGAAGUCUGAGGUUGAGACGGGAGUGCCUUUUGCCUUUUUUCAGUCAUGGUGAAAUUAGCAGGUCUAACAAUAACACUCAUCCAUGCUCUUUUAAUUGUGGCAUUGUUUUAUUUGUGUUGGUUUAAUGCUAGAGUUCUCAUUGGGGCUGGGGAGUACAUUUUACUUUACAAAAGUCAGCCGCUAGUUUUAACAUUACCAAACAUUUCACAUAGAUGUCAUGUGUUCAUGUUGAUGUGUAGAGGACGUAGAUCCAUGUUGUAUCUUCGAUAGAUAUUGUACUUAUUCAUAUUGAUGGAAUCCACCUUUAAAAAGAUGCACAAUACAUAAUGAAUUUGCUUUGGCAGCGUACAAGGGUAAAAUACGGUUAAAUGAGCUGUAUAUGUGUAUAGUGGAAGGUGAUUUUUGAAUAGUUUCCUAUUGCCUGAGUUUUGGAGAAAUGAUAUUUGAGGGCAGCAUGAAAUUCGCAAGAGUAAAAGCCUGUUGACUCUGAGAAAUUGUCACAGUUUCAUUCAGUCAAACACUUCACAUCCACACAUUUCAUCUGUAGUUUCACGUUUGAGACUGUGGGUCACUGGCAUGUGCACGCUGACUCUGACGUCACGUCUCCAUGGUGACUCCUCCGUGUCCGGUUUUCUGGGUUCUAUGAUUUGUGAUCGGCCCCUGAGCUCAGUGUAAGUUGGUUGAAUUAACUGAAUGUCACUGCCUAACAAACUGAAAUGCAGCCAUACUGUAAUAACACAAAGAUGUAAGGGGAAUUUUCUUUGCAUGAACCACAAGUUUGUGUACGUUCCAUGUGGGAUUGUGAGACUGGAGUGAGAAAAGUGACGUGAUUCACUACUGAUUCUCAUACGGUCCGUUUCACACGUCCACACCACUCCAGAUAUAUACUUUGUUUUUGUUUCCUUUAAACUUUUGCUCAAGGAAAGAAGGUUGAGUAUUGUUUUGUUUUUUUCCUUUUUAUUUUUUGAACAGUUGGAUGUUUUCCUUUGUGCUUGUUGGAGCUGCUCUCACUUUUCUACCAAUUGAAAGGCAAAUUGUAGUGAAGUCGAUGCUUGCUCGCAAACAAAAUAAAGGAUUAAGAGAUGGUA